AUGAAUGCUCUCCGCAUCGAAGCCGACGAGUCCAGCUCCAAAGUCGAGGAGCUCAAAGCCAAAGUCAAGACCCUCGAGCAGGAAAACCUGCAGAAGGAGCAGGAGAUCACAUCCCUCCAACACAAGCAGAGCGUGCUGGAGCAGGAGGUCGAGAAGCUGGAGGAGAAGCACAGCAAGGCCAAGCAAGACGCAGACGAGAGCGCACAGCACGGCACUCAGAAUGAGAGUCUGCAGCGGAAGGUGCAGCUGCUGGAGGAGGAGGCGGAGAACAACGAUAAGACGCUGAGGGAGACGAAUGAGAAACUCCGCCAAACAGACGUCAAAGCCGGCCACUACGAGCGCAAAGUGCAAGCCCUCGAGAGCGAGCGCGACCAGUGGGAGCAGAAGUACGAGGAGAUGGCGAAGAAGUACUCCGACACGAAGAAGGAGCUCGACGACUUCGUGGCCGAGAUUGGUAACAUCUAG